GGGAUGGUCCCGUUUUGCGGUUUCUGAUUGGUGAGCACAGCAGGGAGAAACCGGAAAAGGAAGUGGUUGCGCCAGCGGGGCCGCGGCAAUGCAGAGGGAGGAGAAGCAGCUGGAGGCAUCAUUAGAUGCCCUGCUGAAUCAAGUGGCCGAUCUGAAGAAUUCAUUGGGGAGUUUCAUUUACAAGUUGGAAAACGAGUAUGACCGGCUGACCUGGCCCUCUGUCCUGGACAGCUUUGCAUUGCUUUCUGGGCAGUUGAACACUCUGAACAAGGUCUUAAAGCAUGAGAAGACGCCAUUGUUCCGUAACCAGGUCAUCAUCCCCCUGGUGCUGUCCCCAGACCGAGAUGAAGACCUCAUGCGUCAAACUGAAGGACGAGUGCCUGUUUUCAGCCAUGAAGUCGUCCCUGACCAUUUGAGAACCAAGCCUGACCCUGAAGUUGAAGAGCAGGAGAAGCAGCUGACAACAGAUGCUGCCCGAAUUGGUGCUGAUGCAGCUCAGAAGCAGAUCCAGAGCUUGAAUAAAAUGUGCUCAAACCUUUUAGAGAAAAUCAGCAAAGAAGAACGAGAAUCAGAGAGCGGAGGUCUCCGGCCAAACAAGCAGACUUUCAACCCUGCAGACACCAAUGCCUUAGUGGCAGCUGUUGCCUUUGGUAAGGGGCUGUCUAACUGGCGACCUUCAGGUAGCAGUGGUCCUGGCCAACCCGGCCAGCCAGGAGCUGGUACAAUCCUUGCAGGAGCCUCAGGAUUACAGCAAGUUCAGAUGCCUGGUGCUCCAAACCAGCAGCAGCCAAUGCUCAGUGGGGUCCAGAUGGCUCAAGCAGGUCAACCAGGGAAAAUGCCAAGUGGAAUAAAAACCAACAUCAAGUCAGCUUCAAUGCAUCCCUACCAGCGCUGAGUGUGGACAGCGGCCUCCGCUCUCAGGUGAUCUAUGCUGAGUUGAGCAAUGAAAUUAUCUUUUGCUCAAGGCUUAUUUAGAUGGGUAAAG